AUGGGCCAAUAUCACUCGACAGGCCAAAAGAGCUCUGCCCCCGCAGAACAAGGAGAGAAGACUGAUUACUAUGAACUUCUGGGAGUUACACGGAAUGCGACCGACGACGAAAUCAAAAAAGCGUAUCGAAAAAAAGCCCUUGAGUUACAUCCAGACCGAAACUAUGGAAAUGCUGAGGAGGCUACGAAACUCUUCGCCGAGAUCCAAUCCGCGUAUGAGGUGCUCGCAGAUCCCCAAGAGCGUGCAUGGUACGACUCCCAUAGCGAUGCCUUCUUAGGGACUAAUGGAGGCGCCGAAGGUGCCCAGCACUCAUAUAAUGUUCGAGUCACGACGGCAGAAGAUGUCCUCCAAAUGUUCUCCAAGUUCAAUCCACGGAUGGAAUUUUCAGACUCUCCUACGGGGUUCUUUGGUGGUCUCAAUGAGCAGUUUGCCCAACUCGCGCUGGAGGAAAGUCUGGCCUGUCAGUGGGAGGGCCAAGAUGCCGUUGAAUAUCCCUCGUUUGGAACUCGUGAUUCUGAUUUUGAGGAUGUGGUGCGCCCAUUCUACGCGGCAUGGAGUGGUUUCUCCACGAGGAAGUCAUUCGCAUGGAAAGACGCUUAUCGCUACUCCGAAGCCCCUGACCGUCGCGUGCGACGAUUGAUGGAGAAAGAGAAUAAACGUCUCCGGGAGGAAGGGAUUCGAGAAUUCAACGACGCGGUUCGGUCCCUGGUGGCUUUUGUGAAAAAACGCGACUCCCGAUAUAAGAUCAAUGCUCAGAACGAGGCACAACGUCAGGAAACCCUCCGUCAGUCUGUGGCUGCUCAAGCAGCAAGAUCUCGAGCCGCAAACAAUGCCAAGAUGCGUGAUCAUGUCAUUCCAGAAUGGGCCAGGUCUGAGGAGCGAGGAGCAGAUGACGAAGAGGAAAGCUCAGAAAGUGAGGUCGAGAAUUUCGACUGUGUGGCAUGUCAUAAGAGUUUCAAGAGCCAGAAACAAUUCGAGGCCCAUGAACGCAGCAAAAAGCACCUGAAGGCCGUCAAGCAGCUCUGCCGCGAGAUGCGACUGCAGGACGAAGAGCUGGGGCUGGAGCUUGCGGGAGACCCGAAUGUCCCAAUUCAACCCGCCACUACAGCCCAUCUCGAUGACGAUUCCCAUACUUCUUCUCCUCGACCCGAUAGUGAAAAUGACAGCCUGGAGGUUGAGGAAUCUCGGAACACUUCCCACAUCGAUUUAGAUGGGGAGCAAACGUCGAAAGAACGAUUGCCUGCACACCCCAAGUCCAGGCGGGACUCCUCAACGGAUUCCUCUGGAGAUGAAGACUACACCUCAAGGGAAGCCAUUGAGGCAAGGCUUCACUCGGAUACGUUUUCCUGGGCGGAGGCUGAGGAUCCUAUUACCCCAUUGUCUGAUCAACUGUCCUCUUCCAAUCUCAAUGACCAGUCGACAACCGGUAAACUUGGGAAGGCCAAGCAAAAACGAGCUAGGAAGGCAGCGCAGUACACAGAACAAUCCACUGGGCUCUCGUGUGCCAACUGUAACGCUAGCUUCACCUCCAGAAGCAAGUUGUUUUCUCACAUCAGGGACAAUCCAUCCCACGCACAACCACAGCCGAAGCCUCAGGGCAUCAAAGGAAAAAGACGAUAG